GAGGGGGCGGCGUGGCGGGAAGGGGCCGGCGAUGGCGGUUCCGUUCGUGGAGGACUGGGACCUGGUGCAGACGCUGGGGGAAGGCGCCUACGGGGAGGUGCAGCUGGCCGUCAACCGCCGCACCGAGGAAGCCGUGGCCGUCAAAAUCGUCGACAUGAAGCGAGCGGCCGACUGCCCGGAGAACAUCAAGAAGGAAAUCUGCAUCAACAAGAUGCUCAACCAUGAAAACGUCGUCAAAUUUUAUGGCCACCGCCGGGAAGGUGCCACGCAAUACCUCUUCCUGGAGUACUGCAGCGGCGGCGAGCUCUUCGACCGCAUCGAGCCGGAUAUCGGGAUGCCGGAGCCGGAGGCGCAGCGUUUCUUCCAGCAGCUGAUCGGCGGCGUGGUCUAUCUGCACGGCAUCGGCAUCACCCACCGCGACCUGAAGCCGGAGAACCUGCUGCUGGACGAGCGAGAUAACCUGAAAAUCUCCGAUUUCGGCUUGGCCACCGUCUUCAAGCACAACGGCCGGGAGCGGCUGCUCAACAAGAUGUGCGGCACCCUGCCCUACGUGGCCCCCGAGCUGCUGAGGCGCCCCGAAUUUAGGGCCGAGCCUGUCGACGUCUGGGCUUGCGGCGUGGUGCUGACCGCGAUGCUGGCCGGAGAACUGCCCUGGGACCAGCCCAGUGAUAGCUGCCAGGAGUACAGCGACUGGAAGGAGAAAACCUACCUCCCGCCGUGGAAGAAGAUCGAUUCGGCACCCUUAGCUUUGCUGCACAAGAUCCUGACGGAGAGCCCGACGGCGAGGAUCACCAUCCCCGACAUCAAGAAGGACCGGUGGUACAGCAAACCCCUCAAAAAGGGCAUCAAGCGGGCUCGCGUCUCCUCCGGGGGGUUCACCGACUCCCCCGGUGGCUUCUCCAAGCACAUCCGAUCCGACAUGGACUUCUCGCCGGUGAAGAGCGCGCUGGGCGAGGAGAAGGCGAGCUACUCCACGUCGCAGCCGGAGCCCGGCACCGGCGGGGCGCUCUGGGAGAGCGGGGCGGCCACCAUCGACAAACUGGUGCAGGGCAUCAGCUUCUCCCAGCCCGCCUGCCCUGAGCACAUGCUGGUGAACAGCCAGCUCCUCGGCACCCCGGGCUCCUCGCAGAGCCCGUGGCAGCGGCUGGUGAAGCGGAUGACGCGCUUCUUCACCAAACUGGACGCUGACGGCUCUUACCGCGCCCUGAAAGAGGUCUGUGAGAAGAUGGGGUACGGCUGGAAGAAGAGCUGCACAAACCAGGUCACCAUCUCGACCACGGACAAGAGGAACAACAAGCUCAUCUUCAAGGUGAACCUGGUGGAGAUGGAGAGCAAGAUUCUGGUGGAUUUUCGCCUCUCCAAGGGCGACGGCCUGGAGUUCAAGAGGCAUUUCCUGAAAAUCAAGGGCAAGCUCAGCGACGUCGUCAGCACCCAGAAAGUCUGGCUGCCCGCCACCUGAGCCCCCCCUGCACCCCACCCUCCUCCUCCCUUCCUCCUUUUCCUCCUCUUCCUCCCGGGGGGGCUCCUGCGGCAGCACCCUGACACCGGGAAGGUGACCGACCUCGCGCUUCGGAUUUUAAAGCUUCAAUAAAGCCCUUGGCGGGGGGGGGGGGGAGACACAAAGUGGUGCCUCUUGCUGCAAGGGGGAGGGCGCAGUGGGUCCCAUCCUGCCCCGGCCGAGGGAUUUUUCAUCCCCAAAAAGGAGCACAGGCACCAUUUUGCCUUGUUAACCCUGCUCAGCCCAGCAGCUCCUUCACCUGCAGCAGUGUUUUGCCCCAAACCUGGAGAUUCGCGGCCAAAACUCCUCCCCAGGGAUGUGGGGGGCUGCUCCGCAGCACUGAGAUAUAACCCAUUUUAUUUUGGGGGGGGAGGUGCUCUGGAUGUAAUACAAAAUUUUUAAAUUUUUUUAAUUUUGGAGGGAUUCUCAAUGAGCACAGGGCUCGUUCACUCUGAAACCUACUGACGGUGCAGCAUGGCUCAGCCAGCCUGCAUCCCACUCUGGUAUCUCAGCUGAGCUGUGCAGCCCCAAACCAGCCCAUUACACCCCCCCAAAAUUUAGGGGCUGACCCCCUCCUCUUCCUGCCCUGUCUCAGGGCAGCGGCUGCCCUCAUUUUCCAACCUCACUAAUUGCUUUUCGGAAGGGCUAACGAGCCCGCGAGCUGCCAGGGGUUGUUAGCACUGGAGCGAGAGAGGAGAGCUGGGGAUUAACCCCUUCCCCCACCUCCCCCCCCAAAGAAAAAAAGAGCAUCCCCCCCAAAAAAACACAACAGGGUGCAAACCCUGAGACAUCUCCACGAUUUUUCUCCAAAGCUGCAUCAGCGUUUAAUUAUCAGCGUAGAAAACUCUGUGCUUGUCUUCCCCCUUUUUUUUUUUUUUAGUUUAUUAUCCCUUUCCCUGGCUUUUAUAUUUUUUUUUUUUUUUUGGUCUGGUGGGAACUCCUCUUCAGCAGAGCAAUUAGCGGCGAUUUUUUAAUUGCAUAUUUAUAUUGCAGUCGGGAGCGAGACCCCAGCAGCAGGCAAGGGGGAAGCAGGAAGACGCCGCCUCCGACCUUGUUUGCUUUUCAAGGGGGAUUAAGCGCUUUUAAUUGUCCUGGAGAUCACAGAUUGUGGCUGGGGGGGAUAAUUAGGCUGAAUACAGGGUUUUCUGGUUCACUCCUCCCAGGAAUUUAUAUUUCUAAGGGGAAAAAAAAUAUAUAUAUAUA